UGUACUUAUGAGGUCUAGGGUUUCGCCGUCACCCCUUGGUCUUUUUGUCAUCUGGAGCGGCCGGAGGCACGUCGUCCGCUCGCUGCUGUAAGGGUUUUGGUUCAUCCUGAUAUCUCCUCUUCUUCCCUCCGGGAAGAGAACACUCCGGCCGAAUAAUGUUGAUCCCUAAGAAGAACAGGAACGAGGUCUACAAGUACCUCUUCCAAGAGGGCGUUCUCUACGCGAAGAAGGAUUUCAAUCUGCAGAAGCACCCAGAGAUCGAUGUUCCGAACCUUCAGGUCAUCAAGUUGAUGCAGAGCUUCAAGUCGAAGGAGUACGUGAGAGAGACCUUCUCGUGGAUGUACUACUAUUGGUACCUCACUAACGAUGGCAUCGAGUAUUUGAGAUCCUACUUGAAUCUGCCGUCGGAGAUUGUCCCCGCGACGUUGAAGAAAUCUGUGAAACCUAUGGGAAGGCCCAUGGGUGGCCCCGGUGGUGAUAGGCCCAGAGGCCCUCCACGUUUUGAAGGAGACAGGCCAAGAUUUGGUGAUCGGGACGGGUACCGCGGCGGCCCUCGUGGUGGCGAAUUUGGCGACAAGGGUGGAGCGCCGCCUGAAUUCCAGCCAUCCUUCAGGGGUGCAGGUGGACGACCUGGGUUUGGAAGAGGGGGUGGUGGCUAUUCUGGAGGCCCUCCGUCGAGUUCCCUUUCUUAAGAUAAUUUCAUGCCAUUUAUCUGGUCUUGCAAGUACUUCCAAAUGUCUCUCAAAAUUUUGUAGGGAUUUAUUUGCCUUUGGAGGAACCUUAUGUCUCUGUGUGUGGUAUUUGAAAAAUUUGGUCUAUGAUGACCUUUUGCUUUACUUGAAUAGAAGAGAUACCUGUCAACUUGAUGCAGUCAUUUUUAA